ACAAUUGAUGAGAAAGGUUAGCAUUGGAUAGAGCGGGAAUGAACUUGUGAUAGAGAUCCACUCUCAAGUCCAACUGUAACUUGCUUGGUCUUAUCCUUUGGGGACUUCACUUCCAUUAGCCAAAGCAAAGAAGACAAAAACACAACACAUGGAAGCUUGUUUCUUCUCAUCAAAUUCCUUCAUUAAAACUAUUGAGUUUGAGCCCUCAAUCAAACCUAAAACACUUCCUUUCCCCAACACCAAUUCCAACCUUUUCUACUCUACAAAAGUUGCUUCCCCAAGUUCUAUUACAUGCUGCCUUUCAAAUGAUGAGAAGAAGCCCACCCUUGAUUCUGAUUGGCGUUCAUUUAGAGCUAAAUUAGUGGCAACCGAGAAAGUUUCAGGCCCUUCAUCAUGGGCUGGUCCUGAUACAGUAGUGGACCAACCUCCUCAACCUGUUACAAUUGGUGAAAAAUGGGCUCACACCAUCCGUGAGCCCGAAAAAGGUUGUCUACUUAUCGCUACCAAAAAACUCGACGGGGUCCACAUUUUCGAGCGGACGGUGAUCCUCCUCUUAAAAGCAGGGUCUAUAGGCCCAUUAGGGAUCAUACUAAAUCAAUCAUCUCUCAAAUCUAUCAAAGAAAUGAGAUCGACAACUAUCCGAGAUGUCUCGGAGGUGUUCUCUCAUGUGCCGUUGUUCUUCGGUGGGCCAUUGGAAGAUGGGUUUUUUUUGGUGAGUCCAACAAAGGAUGAUGAUGAUGGUGGUGUGGAGAAAAGUGGGGUUUUUGAAGAAGUAAUGAAAGGGUUGUACUAUGGGACUAAAGAAAGUGUAGGGUAUGCUGCUGAGAUGGUGAAGAGAAAUGUGGUGAAGGCAAGGGAUUUUAGGUUCUUUGAUGGGUAUUGUUUGUGGGACAAAGAACAAUUAGAUGAAGAAAUAAAGGCUGGUUUUUGGAUAGUUGUGGCUUGUAGCCCAAGUGUAAUUGGUCUUGCAAGUGUUGGAAAUGUUGGGCUUUGGGAAGAGAUUCUUGGGUUAAUAGGUCCUAGAAAGUGGGAAAAUUGAGUUUAUGAUUAGCGUCAAAUGCUAUGAUUAUGAUUUUAUUAUACAUGUUAGUUUUGUUUGGUCAAACAUUGAUUUUACUAGGCAUAGAUGCUACAAAAUGCACUACUUAUCAUCCAAGUUUGUGCAUAUUCUAGCAAAAUUAUAACUUUAUUUAUGUAGUUAUAUUUUGGAUUACAUUAUAGGAGUGAGUAAAACAGUCCAUCUGUUAAGAUUGCAACGCUAGUUUAUUUUGGAGUUUAUAAAUAAGAUAUAAUAAUAAAUUUAGCUCUCAAUUUUUACA